AUGUCGAAGCGCGAUCUCCACAUCCAGCCGCGCAUGGUCAAGAAAGGCCCAUUCUCAGUCGAAGCCGCCGGUUACGAAAAGAAAGAUGGCGAAACCAUCCCCCGACGCCACCCGGCUGCGAAGAAUGGACUCGUUCUGCGUCCCUCCGAGGAUGUUGCAACCACCUAUGACAACUUCCGGCGCUCCGCCCGUCUGUUCGGCAACAACAAGGCCGUUGCGAGCCGUAAGCUCAUCAAGACGCAUGUCGAGAACAAGAAGAUCAAGAAGAUGGUAGAUGGUGUCGAACAGGACGUGGACAAGCAAUGGACUUUCUUCGAGAUGAGCGGGUAUACCUACAAGACCUUCCUGGAGUAUGAGCAGCUUUGCCUCCAGCUCGGCGCGGGUCUGCGCAAGCUGGGCAUGGAGAAGGAUGGCCGUGUUCACCUCUACGGUGCGACGAGCGCACACUGGCUGGCCAUGUCGCACGGUGCCGCAUCGCAAUCUAUCACCAUUGUCACCGCUUAUGAUACCCUGGGCGAGGAGGGCCUCAAGCACUCCCUGGUCCAAACCUCCUCAACCGCCAUCUUCCUCGACCCCGGCCUGAUCAAGUCUUUGACCCACGUCCUGAAGGAUAUCCCCUCGAUCAAGCACAUUAUCUAUAACACCGAUAACGAGGUCAAGCAGGAGGACCUGGACAAGCUGAAGACCGAUUUCGCCCACAUCAACGUGCUCAGCAUUGAAGAUUUGCGCAAGUCUGGCGAGGAGAACCCCGUGGACCCCGUGCCACCCAAGCCCGAGGAUCUGUGCUGCAUCAUGUACACUUCCGGCUCCACCGGCCCGCCCAAGGGUGUUCCUUUGACCCAGGCCAACGUUAUUGCCGCCACCGCCGGUAUCAACGAGAUCGUUGGCCCUUACAUCGGCCCCAAGGACUCGCUUUUGACCUACCUGCCCCAAGCGCACAUUCUGGAGUUCAUGUUCGAGAACCUGUGUCUGUUCUGGGGUGGCUGCAUGGGAUACGGUAACCCCCGCACCUUGUCCGAUGCCUCCAUGCGCAACUGCAAGGGUGAUAUCCGCGAGUUCCAGCCUACCAUUCUGGUCGGCGUUCCCGCCGUGUGGGAGUCGGUCAAGAAGGGUGUCUUGAACAACCUGAACAAGAACAGCUUCGUCAUCAAGGGCAUGUUCUGGGGUGCUAUGGCCGCCAAGAACUUCCUGCUGACCAACGGCUUCCCCGGAGCGGGCUUUGGUGCUUCGAUCCUGGAUGCCGUGGUCUUCAAGAAGCUCAAGGAGGCUACCGGUGGCCAUCUCCGUAUCAUGAUGAACGGUGGUGGUCCCAUCUCCAAGGACACUCAGCGUUUCCUUUCGAUGGCCAUUGCUCCCAUGAUCGGCGGUUACGGUUUGACCGAGACCUCGGCCAUGGGUGCGUUGAACGACCCUAUGGCAUGGAACCCUAACGCGCUCGGUGAGAUCCCUGCUUCGGUCGAGAUCAAGCUGGUUGACUUCCCCGAUGCGGGAUACUUGACCAAGAGCAACCCCCCUCAGGGUGAGAUCUUCAUCCGCGGCGGCAGUGUGACGUCGGGCUACUUCGACAACGAUGAGGAGACCAAGAACGCUUUGACCGAGGAUGGUUGGUUCAUGACUGGCGAUAUCGGCGAGUUCGACUCCAACGGCCACCUGCGCAUCAUUGACCGCAAGAAGAACCUGGUCAAGACCUUGAACGGCGAGUACAUUGCUCUGGAGAAGCUGGAGUCCGUGUACCGCUCCACGCCCGUUGUUGGUAACAUCUGUGUCUACGCUGCGGAGGACCAAGACAAGCCGGUUGCUAUCAUCGUUCCCGUUGAGAUUGCGCUUAAGAAGCUCGCCAGCGACAACGGCAUUGAGGGUGACACCGUCGAGUCUCUCGUGCACAACGAGAAGCUCCAGCGCCUGGUUCUGCAGCAAUUGCAGAGCUCUGGCCGUGCCGGUGGUCUGAGGGGUAUUGAGAUUAUCAAUGGCGUUGUGCUCUCCGACGAGGAGUGGACUCCUCAGAACGGCUACAUGACUGCUGCGCAGAAGCUCCAGCGCAAGAAGAUUGUGAACAAGUACAAGGCCGACAUUGACAAGGCCUACGGCAAGAAAUAA